AUGGAGGAAGAUUCUGUUAGUGGUGGGCAUAGCCAGAAAGAAUGGAGAGAAAGAUUCAUGACUACAGUUUUACAAAGUGAAAACGAGAAAUCAACACAUUUCAACGUAUUGACAAAAGAUAAGUACCAACAACUUAUAAAUGAAGUCGAAACUGCUGCAAACACAGAUAAGAAGACCCCGUUGCAGCAGAGACGCCUGAAACGAUUUGGUGUAAUUGACAUCGGAGGAGUAAAAAAAUUGGUGGCAGCCGGUGAGAGAAACCAAGACAUCAAGUACUAUUUGACGGUAGAUGAACUGUACGAUGUUAUCGAUGCUGCUCACGGGGCAGUUGGUCACGGUGGCCGUGAUAGAAUGCUUGCCGAAACGUCAAAGAAAUAUGCCAAUAUUACGAAGGAAGAAAUACAGCUUUAUCUGUCAAUGUGCCAAGUAUGUCACAUGAAAAAAAACAAAAAGAAACGAGAAUUUGUUAAUAAAGUUAUUUCUGAAGUAACACAGUUGUGGCCAGAGUUGAAAAUUGUGCAUGGUAAACCUCGGCACAGCCAAAGUCAGGGCUCAGUUGAAAGAGCCAAUCAAGACAUCGAAAACAUGCUCGCAUCUUGGAUGGCUGAUAACAAGACAACAAAGUGGUCUGAGGGGUUACGGUAUGUACAAUUCAUGAAGAACAGAGCUUUCCAUUCUGGUAUUAAGCAAUCUCCUUAUAAAGCUAUGUUCGGCAUGGAUCCUAGAGUCGGACUUUCUACUUCAUCUCUCCCCUCUGAAAUUUUCAAAGAUAUAAACGAUGAGGAAGAUCUUAAAAAGGUUAUAAACAAUAACCUAACACCUGCAAGUGAAACAGCUGACGAUAUCUUAAUGGAAGAAGAUGAAAAUAUGGUUCAGACCCAUACCUCAACUGAAAAUAAAAUAAAAAAUUCAAGAAAAACCGCUGCUGAAGGUCUAAGAAAGCAAGCAAAAAAAAUGAAAUCACACAGUGACAAGUCACAUCCACCAGCCAAUAUUGGAGAUAACGUCAUGAUACCCGUUCCCGAUGUGGACAAGUCUAAAGUUGACCUAAGGAAUAUCAUUGGAGUUGUUAUUGAUAUCACUGAUGAGGGGCUGUACAAAAUUGGAACGAAACAUGGAAUUCUUCAAACACUCUAUUGCAGGUAG